GUCCGUAGAGAGUACAGGAAAUUCUUCAGAGCCAAUGCUGGAAGAAAAAUUUAUGAAUUUACCCUUCAGAGACUUAUGCAAAAAUACUUCCUGGAAAUGAAGAAUAAGAUGCCUUCUUUAUCACCAAUAGAUAAAAACUGGCCAGCGAGACCUUACCUUUUCUUGGAUUCAACUCACAAGGAACUAAAGAGGAUUUUCCAUUUGUGGAGGUGUAAAAAGUACAGAGACCAGUUCACAGAUCAGCAGAAGCUUAUAUAUGAAGAAAAACUGGAAGCAAGCGAACUUUUCAAGGACAAGAAGGCUUUAUAUCCAGCCAGUGUUGGGCAGCCGUUCCAAGGGGCUUACUUGGAAAUCAGCAAGAACCCCAAGUACAAAAAACUUAAAGAUGCUGUGGAUGAAAAGAUUAUUAUUGCAGAAGUCGUGAAUAAGAUCAAUAGAGCUAAUGGGAAGGCUACCUCCAGGAUUUUCUUACUAACCAAAAAUAAUGUUCUUCUUGCGGAUCAAAAAUCCGGCAAUAUCAAGUCAGAAGUUCCACUGGGAGAUGUUACCAAAGUGUCCAUGAGCUCCCAAAAUGAUGGCUUCUUUGCAGUACACCUCAAGGAGGGUUCAGGAGCAGCUGGUAAAGGAGAUUUCCUGCUCAGCAGCGAUCACCUUAUUGAAAUGGCCACUAAACUUUACCGCACUACUCUCAGCCAAACCAAACAGAAGCUCAACAUUGAGAUAUCUGAUGAGUUUUUGGUCCAGUUCAGACAAGACAAAGUAUGUGUGAAGUUCAUACAAGGCAGCCAGAAAAAUGGCAACAUCCCAACUUGCAAGCGAAAAAACAAUCGUCUUCUUGAAGUGGCUGUCCCCUAACUGCAGCUGGUGACUCUCCCUUUCAUGGACUUGUUUCUUUGUAAUAGUGCAAUUAUAGUUGUUAGAUUUCGCUGAUUUUAUACCUUUCCGGAGCUGUUGGUGGCUAAUAGCUUUAGAAACCCUUGGCAAAACAUAUGAUGAAUCGACUUUUUAAUCUCUUUGUUCAUGACGAAGUUUUAACCCUCAAAAUACAGAUUUUUACACAGUGAGGCAUUUUUACCAGCUGGCACAUAUCUGUCAUACAUUAAUCAUUCUCUUUUUGUUUAGCAGUCAUAUUUUAGUUCAGCAUACCGUAAACCCACGUAUUAAUGAUAAAUUACUCAUAUUCCUUAGUCUAGCGGUCUGCUUAACAGGAACUAUAUGUGGCCUUGAUGCUUGAUGGCCACUUGUGCCCAGUGUCUUUUUAUACCAAACUGUUCUGGUCUUCUGACGGGCUCCUU